AUGGCCGGUAUUGUAGCUUCAACAUUGAGAAGGAAGGCUUUCCAUAAAAGGGCUCAAGACACAAAGUACCAGGCGAUCGAUCAAGGUCACACAAAUGUCAGCCCCACUGAUUCAAGGUCAAGUUCAUCGAGUACACUGAACCGUUUCGAAUGUCGGUCCAACGUCGGUAAAACCCCGAAGGGGGCCCAAUUGUGUCACGUCGAUUUUUGGCCCCGCUGUCUCAACUGCGCCCAUCCGCUGAUCGGCGUCAGCAACAAAACCAGCGUCACCAACAGCACCAACCCUACAGCCAACAGUAGUAACAAAAGCAGCCACAAAAGCCACCUGAGCAGUAACCACAACAUCAGCAACAACUUAAACCCCGCGUUGUUGACUGUUCCGCAAACGUUUGAUCAUGAUCAUCUUGUCAUUUUUAUCAGCGUGACGUUAGGGUUUUAA